GACUCGAAGCUGCAUUUCAGGUUGGCCAAGCAGUUCUCCCACAUGCCCGUCACCCUCCUCAGCGCUCCCCCCGGCCGCCCUCUCUUCGCGACGAGCUCGUCGGCCAUCUCCGCCGAGACCCCGUCCACCUUCGAGGGCAUCCCGCCCCUCACCCGCCACCACGAGCCACGAGGAGUGCGCAUCAGGGUCGACCCGCCCUUUGAAAGCUUCACAGGCGACGACAUCGUCGACGGCCAGCUCUUUGUCACCGAAGAAGCCGUGUCCUUCUACUCGCCCUCGACCUCGUCCGGCAUCACGCUCCCCUACCCUCACCUCACCCUCCACGCCAUCUCGCGCCAGCCCGCCCCUCCCUCCGCCUCGACCUCGGCCGCCGCCCCCAACGGCAACCCCGACGCCCACGGCGGGCCCUGCGUCUACUGCCAGUUCGAGGAGAGCGCACAAAUGGAGGACGACGACGAUGGCGCGGGAACGAGGGAGAUGUGGAUCACGCCCGAGAGCGAGCAAGCCGUCGACGCCAUCUUUGCCGCCCUGUCCCUCUGCGCCUCGCUCCAGCCCUCCUCGUCCACCUCCGACCCCUCGAUCCUGUCCCAAUCCCAGUCCCAGUCCGCCGACACCGACGGCCCGGGCGCCAUGUUCGCCGCCAUGGGCCUCGACCCCUCGAGCAUGGUCUACGCGGCCGCCGACGGCUCGCUCGCCGGCCCGGGCCUCGCCGCGCUCCAGGCCGCCGAGGCCGACGACGACGGCGAUGGCGACGGUGACGCGCAGUGGGAGGACGCCGAGGCGGGCGAGGCGGGCGACGAGGAACAGCAGCCCCAGGGCGAGAGCAGCGCGGGCAGGACUAGGAGCGACUUUGUCAACCCGGGCAGGGCCAGGGGCGCGCCGUACUGA